GGAAGACCUACAACUUUAGUAAGAGUAAGGGAUCCCAUUUUGCCCAAUUUUCCGGCCACGUUCAUUUUUCCCAAGAAAAUGUUUUCAUUUAGGGGCCCAAAUCACCACCCAUGCGUAGGGAACCAUUUUGCGAAAAUUUCGCCACGUUCAUUUUCCCAGAAAAUAGUUUCUCCAAACUCCAAUCAUGCCCAGUUUCUAUUGGUAGCAAGUACAGUUCAAGACUUGCAUCAGGUAUUGUUGGUCCUUGUGGAGAGUAGGUAGUAGCCAUGGCUGCCGAUGCUCGGGUCCUGAAGUCAGAGGAGGAGUGGCGCGCUAUUCUCUCUCCUGAGCAGUUUCGGAUUCUACGUCAGAAAGGCACAGAGUUAAAAGGGACUGGAGAAUACAACAAAUUUUUUUAUGAAGGGAUCUAUAACUGUGCUGGUUGUGAGACACCUCUCUAUAAGUCUACAACCAAAUUCGACUCUGGCUGUGGUUGGCCUGCUUUCUAUGAGGGUCUCCCUGGAGCCAUAAAUCGAUCUCCGGACCCAGAUGGUCGUAGAACUGAAAUUACAUGUGCAGCUUGUGGUGGUCAUUUGGGUCAUGUAUUUAAAGGGGAGGGAUUCUCCACACCUACAGAUGAGCGCCACUGUGUCAACAGUAUAUCAGUGAAGUUUGUCUCAGAGAGCUCUGCUUCCAUGUGAAGUUUAUUAACAAUGUCUGUGAAUUGUGAUGCAUUAUUAUGUAAUAAGACCAACUAUGGCUUCCUGUAUGUGAUUGGUUUCUAUGCGAACAUACUUCUGUGAAAACUAUGUGUACAUGACUUGUGGGACUCAGAUGUUAAUAAAACCAUGUGCUUUACGUUGUGGCUCUAA